GCUUCAAUAUCUAUAUCCCUUUUUCACACGGACAAUCCUCCAUAUCUACCCGCCCAAAAACUCGAAGUCCAGAACUUUCGUCCGCUCGGCCUCUGGUCACGCUCACGUGUAGCUGCCUUUUUCCUCUUCCUUUUCAGCUGGAACUUGGAUCCGUCAAGAUGGUUCAGCGUAUCACCUACCGUCGGCGUUUGAGCUACAACACGCGCUCUAAUCGGCGCAAGAUCACACGCACCCCUGGCGGUCGCUUGGUGUUCCAGUACCUCAAGAAGCGUCCCAGCGUGCCCAAAUGUCCCAUGACCGGCAUCAAGCUGAAGGGCAUCAAGCCCACGCGACCCAGCGAGCGCUCGCGACUCUCGCUCCGACACAAGAAGGUGUUCCGCGCUUACGGAGGUGUGCUUAGCCACAAGGCCGUCCGGGAGAAGAUCAUCCGCGCUUUCCUCAUCGAAGAGCAGAAGAUCGUGAUGAAGGUGUUGAAGGCGCAGGGCAAGGCCGGCAAGGAAUAAACCGAACAUCUUGUCCUCUAAUGCCACACGCGAAUAUUGAUUAAAAACCAUCACGAAAAAUGAA